GGCUGGUCUGUUAAAAGAUACUCAGUUACGAUGCGACUUAGAACCAUUCAAGGCUGCUGCUGGCAGCUAGUUUGGAUCAGCACUUGGACGGUCCAGUACGCAGUCGCCAAGGACGAAGCGAAGUCGACUUCGUUGAGGGAAGAACUGUUUGUUGACCGACGUCCACCGCCGAGUGAGGACGCUGUACACAAGCUUAUCGCGCAAGAGUUGCCAUCACUGCCGCUGGAUUUUAUGAAACGACAUCGCAACGAUAAUCUUCGUCUUAACGACAGCUGUGCGCCAUAUCCCGAGUUGAUGCAACUACAAUACCACAAUAAUUAUUGGCAAGUACAUCGCAGCGAACCGUUGACUUUCUACCUCUUUGGCGCUUAUUAUGACAACCGGACAGCUGUGGUAGACCGGGAAGGCGCGGCGCUGGUGCGCAUACUCACUACGACUAAUGUGAUUGACAUUGACCUUAAAGACUAUCCUCCCAGUUAUUGCCAGUUGUGGUAUGAAGAGCACAGUGUGCCGUUCAUUGUGCCGGUGCGCGAGUACCGUGAAAUCUGGUACAAGGCAUGGGCUGAUAGUCCUGAGCUAUAUUUUCCCAAAUUCGUUGAGUGCGCAUUGCCGACAGAAGUACAACAUUUAGUGCCGAAAACUGUUUCGUUAGUGGCGUCGGAGUGUGCGCGCGCCACAAACAAUCUGCGUGUGAUCUAUGAACCGCCAGUAAAUCAAACUCAACGUGGCUUCGCUGUUUGUUCGACGGGUCUCUUUAAUCCAUAUCGAGAUAACUCGGUGCGUUUGGUUGAAUGGUUGGAGCUUUUACGGCUAUUGGGUGCCGAACAUGUAACAUUACCUACGUUCGGGAUACAUCCGAAUGCCACAAAAGUGCUGCGACACUACGAAGCUGAAGGUUUUGUUUCAGCACCGGGUAUAUCACUAACACGCGGCGAACCAGCCUUGCCACACUUCAGUUAUGAGGCGAUAAAAGCUUGGUAUAACAAUCAUUGCGUCAAUGAGCUGAUACCAUUGAACGAUUGCUUUUAUCGCAAUAUGUACAAGUAUGAUUAUGUAGUUAUAAAGGAUGUGGAUGAGGUGAUCAUGCCCGUGGGCACACAUCGUAGCUGGUCAGACGUGGCACAAGCCGGUGAGGCCGACUCAGGCGCUGAUGACUGUGCAGAUGGCGCGACCGCACUAUGCUUUCGUAAUGUCUACUUUCCAGCUUAUCCGGAACGCAAACCGUUUAGCGAUGCUGUGCCACAAUAUAUGUACAUGAUGCAACAUGUGGCACGCGUGGCCGACCAUCUGGAGCCAGGUUUGGCUACGAAAUGCUUUCACAACACACGUUAUGUAACCGGUGUACACAAUCAUUAUCCAAUGAAUUGGGCAGGUGGUUGUGGCAUCCUAGCCGUCAACGAGUCCAUAGGCCAAAUGCAACACUACCGUGAACCUGACAUACCUGAGACGCUAGAGAAUCCCGUCAUAGAUGAUCUGAUUUGGCGUUAUAAGGAGCCAUUAGUGGAGCGAAUGCAAGCCGUAUUGCGGCAACUGGGAUUUCUUAGGUGGGUGCCAAGUACACCAGAGUCUGUGGUGGAGGAUAAACGAGUAGAAGCCACGAGCAGUCAAUCAGUGGGGAAAGUCGAGUCUACAAUGGGUUCCAAGGAAUUGGAUUCAGUUGAAAUAACCCAAUCGCCAAGCUUAGCUGAACAUAUUGAACUUUGAUUUGAUUUGAAGUUGACUCUAGUUGUUGUAGUGCUUAGAUAUA